CACACACACACACACACAUAGUGAUCUGAGCGAGAGGGAGAGGGAUGGUGAAGUGUGUACUCCACCUCAGUGCAUGUUGAGAGACUCUGCUCAGCUCACACACUCAGCAGCUUUCAGAAGGAGGCUGAGAUGCACACCGCUCCAAGUUGAGCACGAGCUGGGCUCCUGCGCUCGCGCAUCUCCGGCCGCCGCUCCUCUCUUCUCCUCUCCGUCUCGCUUUCUCGGGGAUUUGAUGGAUGCAUGAUCGGGAGGUGAUGCCCAUUUAUGUCAUCGAUCGCAAAUUUCCGGACACACCUGGUGAAUUGCCACAGGCUGCUCCAGAAGGACAGCACACUAUGGCCGAGAACAACACGCAGAAGAAGAAGUCUCGGUGGACGUCGCUGGAGAUCGGUCUCCUGACCAUCGUCUCGCUGCUCUUCAUCGUCGUCCUAGCCCUCAUCAUCCUCUUCGUGACGCAAAGCAGCAGCAGUGAUGGAGUUUGCACUACAGCUGACUGCACACGGUCGGCGUCUCGACUCAUCGAGAACAUGGACCCAACUGCAGACCCGUGUAAAAACUUCUACCAGUAUGCGUGCGGAGGCUGGCUGAAAAAGAACAUCAUUCCCGAAACCAGCUCACGCUACAGCACCUUCGACAUCCUUCGGGACGAACUGGAGGUUGUACUAAAAGGAGUCCUGGAGAGGGAAGAAACCCCUGGUGUUAGCAGCUCUUUAGCCAAAGCCAAAACCCUUUAUAGGUCCUGCAUCAAUGAAACUCUCAUUGAACAGAGAGGGGGAAACCCCCUGAUCUCAAUGUUGCCUGAUGUCUUCGAGUGGCCCAUUGCUGUAGACAACUGGGACACCAACUUUGGGGACAAAUGGAGGGCAGAGGAUGCCAUAGCCAAACUGAAUGAGAAAUAUGGGAAGCAAGUUCUAAUUAGCUUUUUUAUAGGGACAGACGACCGAGACUCCAAUUCCCAUAUCAUUCAUUUCGACCAGCCAAGCCUCGGCCUGCCCUCCAGAGACUACUAUGUCUGCACGGGGCCCUAUGAAGAGGCCUGCAUCACGUAUGAGAACUUCAUGGUCGAUCUGGCUGUGCUGGUCCGAAAAGACCGCGGCUUGCAGGUGAACGAGACAGAAAUCAGAUACGAGGUGUCUCGAGUCAUGAAGAUGGAGAAGGAGAUCUCUGAUGCUACAGAUGCACCUGAAGACAGAAACAAUCCUGUUCUCCUCUAUAACAAGAUGCCCCUGGAGACACUCAACACCAACUUCACACUUCAGUUCGAGUCCACAGUUUUUAACUGGACGCGCUUUACUAAUAAGAUCAUGGAUACGAUUGAACUUCCUAUCGAGGACAGUGAGCAAGUGAUCCUUUAUGCCCCUAACUACUUGAGGAAGCUUAACCCUGUCCUGACCAAGUACACAAAGAGAGACGUCCAGAACUACAUUGUGUGGCGCUUUGCCAUGAACAUGGUGGUUGGCCUGAGCAGAGCAUACAAAGACACCAGGAAAGCGUUUAAAAAAGCCGUCUCCGGUACCAGUUCAGAAACAGCGAUUUGGAGGCAGUGUGCGGUCUACGUCAACAACAACAUGGAGAAUGCUGUUGGCAGACUGUACGUAGAAGAAGCCUUUGCUGGAGACAGCAAGGACAUGAUGGAUGAGAUGAUUGCUGGCAUCAGAGAAGUGUUCGUUAGUAACUUACAAGACCUCUCCUGGAUGGAUGCUGAGACCAGGAAAGCUGCAGAGGAGAAGGCUCGAGCUAUUCGGGAGAGGAUCGGGUUCUCGGAAAAUAUCAUGAACAAUACAUAUUUGGAUGAGGAAUACAAAGAACUAAGCUACAGUUCUGAAGAAUACUUUGAGAACAUCUUGAAGAAUCUGGAUUUUGGCCAAAAGAAACGGCUGAAGAGGUUGAGGGUGAAAGUGAACAAGGAAGAGUGGAUCUCGGGUGCAGCUGUGGUCAACGCGUUCUAUUCAUCUAGCAGAAAUCAAAUAGUAUUUCCUGCUGGGAUCCUCCAGCCUCCUUUCUUUGGUAAAGGACAGCCCUGGUCUCUCAACUAUGGCGGCAUUGGAAUGGUGAUUGGCCAUGAAAUUACUCAUGGCUUUGACGAUAAUGGCCGUAACUUUGAUAAAGACGGCGACCUGAAGGACUGGUGGACUUCAUCCUCAACACAGAAGUUCCAGGAGCUGUCGAAAUGUAUUGUGAACCAGUACAGCAGCUUCUCCUGGGACCUGGCCAAUGGACAAAAUCUUAAUGGGAAUAACACCCUCGGGGAGAAUAUUGCAGACAAUGGGGGCAUUCGACAGUCUUAUCAAGCAUACCAGAACUACAUCAAGAAACAUGGAAAGGAAGCUCCAUUGCCUGGAAUUGACCUUAAUCAUGAGCAGCUUUUCUUCUUAAACUUUGCUCAGGUCUGGUGUGGAACGCAUCGACCUGAACACGCCGUCAACUCCAUUAAAACUGACGUCCACAGUCCGGGAAAAUUCCGGGUUCUCGGAUCUUUGCAGAAUUUCCCCGAGUUUGCCAAAGCGUUCCAGUGCCAGAAAAACGAGUACAUGGUGCCUGAAAAGAUUUGCAGAGUGUGGUGACCACGCCACAGCCGGGGACAAAGGGGGCAAUUUAACGAGCCCUCACUUCUCUACUUUUCUCUUUCCUGACUGUACGACCAACACGGUCCCAGACUGUGAAUGUCUGAUGUUCUCCACAGGGUAGAUAACACCUGGUAUCACCAGUGCAUUUCACUCAUGUACAGUACAGACACUGGAGUGCUCUCUACGUCCACUCCUUCCAUGUAACAAAUCAGUUUCUUUUAGUCUGAAUAGAUCAUCAUGUGACCUUCGGUGAUCUUCUGGUUAUUGUUUAUAACAAAUGUAAAGGUAUUAUCGCAUAUUUAAAACCUUUUUACGCUUAUAUCAAAUCAAACUGUGAAUCGGGAGGAUCAGUAGCAUUUUGUAUGUUGAAUAUGUAACAGUAUACAAUCAGAAAUAGAAAUUUUAAUAAUUUUUUUUUAAGAUGAUUUUUUAAAAUAUUUUACAAAAUGUCCCAAGACCAAGAAAAGUAAAGAGGAAAUUUUUUUUGAAAUAUAUUAUAAAUAUAGACACAGGGAUAUACUGUAUGUAGGUUAAUAAUACAGGUUUCACAGUAAACACACAUUCUUACAUGUUAUAUUAAUAUAUCUUUUAUUUGCACUGAAUGUUAUAUUGAUAACAAUGCAGGCAAACUUUAUUUGGAAAAAAAAAAUUGUUAAAAGGCUACACCAUAUUAUUUACUGAUUUGAUCGAUUGAAUUACAAUAAAUGUAUACGUGCUUGGCGUAUAAUGGAACAAGCACUUAAAACAGUUAAACCAA